UAGUUUAAAUAAUCCGAGCGUUCGUUGUUCCUGGUCUCUCCGCCAUUUUCGUUUGUUUCAGUCGCAGAGGUGUUUGGCGUAGUUACGCUUUACACUACGUUCGGGUGUUUCUUAAACAGUAUCGAAGAGAGCCUCCGCUAACACAUAAUUUAGCAAGACACUAAAACGAGAAGAUGUCCACCGAGCAGGCUGAAAAGACCGACGUUAUCGAACAAGCAGCCCCGCCGCAGCAGCAGCAGACGCAGCCGCCGCCGCAGCAGCAGCAGCAGCAGCAGCAGCAGCAGCAGCAACCUCCGCCAGGGAAGGAGAGGCCCCAGAAGAGAGGUGGAGGAGGAGGGCGAUAUGAGCCCUAUGGAAACGUCAACAAAAGAUACCGCGUUUUUGUCAGCAACAUCCCAUACGAUGUCAAAUGGCAAGCUCUCAAAGACCUGAUGAAAGAAAAAGUGGGUGAGGUAACGUACGUGGAACACUUAAUGGACGCAGAAGGCAAAUCGAGGGUAAGUGCAAAUACAUACAAAUAAAACAUGAAUAAUCCUAGACAAACCUCUGUUUGUCAGCUUUGGUGUCUGAUUUUAUUGUUGGAAAUUGUUCAGCUUCAGUACUCUGGUGGGAGUGUGUGAGAUGGUGACAUGCUGGAGGCGUGUUUUUAUUUGGUGUCGUUUGUGACACUGACUUGAUGUCAUCCCGAGGGUUGAUGCUCUUAUAAAAGGACUUCAGCUUUCUUUGUAGCCAAUCAUGUGGGAUUGCAGUAUCUGAGUGACAAAGUCCCUUUGGUUGCUGGAUUCGCUCCUCGUGAACUAAAGGUCUAGUUUGCAAGAGGUUGUUACAAGGCUGGUAGAUGAUGGUUAAAUGUAACUCAUUCCGUAGAACAGCUUCACUGGAAAUGUUACCUCCAAUAUCUCAGUAGUGGGGAAUCCUAUCUCACUGUGGAUUUUCUGCCCUUUGGAUGUUGGGGAACAAUACUCUUUAAUAUUCACCAUACCUGCCUGCAUUGUGCUAGUGACUGGGAACAGAUUGUAGAAGAGUAAAUUCAUUUGGAGGCAGAGUUGUGGCCAAGGCUGUAGGUUUGAUGAACUUGUGAUUGUGCAUGAAAUUGUCUUUUUUGCAUUUUUCAUCAAUUUAAACUUAUUUUAACACCACUUAAACUAAUUUGAAUUGUUCUCUACUUUUUGUGCGGCCUGUUCUGGUGUCUCCUUUGUCCCAUCAAUAAAGGGUUGUGCCGUGGUUGAGUUUAGGACUGAAGAGCUAAUGAAGAAAGCGGUGGAGAAGGUCAAUAAGCACAACCUGAAUGGACGCCCCUUAAAAGUGAAAGAGGAUCCCGAUGGCGUGAUUGCUCAGAGAGAGAUGAACAAGACUCCAGGUGGAGGACAUCCAGGAGGCCACGGUGGAAUGGGCGGGAUGGGAGGAAUGGAGCGCAUGGGAGGAAUGGAGCGCAUGAACAUGGAGCGCAUGGGAGGAAUGGAGCGCAUGGGAGGAAUGGAGCGCAUGAACAUGGAGCGAAUGGGCCCCGGACCAAAUGGCUCCAUGGUCAACAUUCCCCCGAGCCUGAUGAACAACCCCAACAUCCCCAACGAGAUCAUACAUGGUCUGCAGGCUGGCAGGAUUGGAAGCACUGUCUUUGUGGCUAAUCUCGACUACAAAGUGGGCUGGAAGAAGUUGAAAGAGGUAUUCAGCAUGGCAGGCAUGGUCGUGAGGGCUGACAUUCUGGAGGACAAAGAUGGAAAGAGCAGAGGCAUGGGAACCGUAACAUUUGAUAUGCCCAUUGAAGCAGUCCAAGCUGUCUCUAUGUUUAAUGGGCAGCUGCUAUUCAAUAGAGUCAUGCACGUCAAACUGGACGAGAAAUCCCUGCCCAAGGAUUUUGGACCCCCUGAAAGAGCUGCUUCUGCUCUUCCCCGUGGCUUGAGUGGUAUUGGUUUGGGCCUGGGACCUGGUGGCCAGCCCAUUGAUGCUACCCAGCUCAAUAGAGGAGGAGGUGGUGGUGGUGUAGGAGGUGCUGGAGGAGGAAUGGGCAACAUCGGGCCUGGAGGAAUGGAUGGAAUGGGCUUUGCUAACAUGGGCGGUCGUAUGGGAGGAGGAGGAGGUGGUGGAGGCGGUGCUGGCAACGGUGGUGGAGGAGGAAUGGACAACUUCGGCGGAAUGAACAACAUGGAGCGUUUUGGUUCUUCGGGCAUGGGCAGAAUGAACGAGAUGGACCGUGGAAUUGGUGGUGCUUUUGAAAGGGAGUUUGGGCGAAAUGAAAUGGGAAUGUCUCGCAAUAAUUUUGGUGACUCCUUUGAAAGAGGAAUGGGAAACUCUCUGGGUAUGGACCGCAUGAGCUCUGGGAUGGACCGCCUGGGAGGAAACAUGGACCGCAUGGGAGGGAUGGAUCGGAUGGGCAUGGACAGAAUGGAACGCGGGUCUGACCUGGACAGGUUGGGUUCUGGUUUUGACCGGAUGGGCGCAGGGAUGGACCGGCUAGGGCCCAGCAUGGACAGGCUCGGACCGGGUCUGGAUCGUAUGAGCUCCAGCAUGGACCGCCUCGCCCCAGCUGGGUUUGACCGCCUAGGCCCGUCUGGCUUGGAUCGCAUGGGAUCCCAACUAGACUUUGGCUCCCCGAUGGGUAUGGAUCGCAUGGGCAACGCUGGGAUUGACAGGAUGCCCACCGGAUUCGACCGCAUCGGCUCCACUGGAGGGCUCGACCGCUUCCCUGCCGGUGGCAUUGACCGCAUGAGCUCUGGCAUGGAACGGAUGGGGUCUGGAGGUGUUGGUGGUCAGUUUGACCGCACCGCUGAGUUAGACCGUGGAUUCGGCGGGAAUUCCUUUGCGGGAGCCGGAGGGCCUGGAGCUGGAGGAAGCAAUAUCAGAAAGGGAUGCCAGAUAUUUGUCAGAAAUCUGCCAUUUGACUUCAACUGGAAGAUGCUGAAGGAUACGUUCAACACAUGCGGUAUGGUUCAGUAUGCUGAUAUUAAAAUGGAAAACGGAAAGUCCAAGGGCUGCGGUGUGGUGCGCUUCGACACCCCCGAAACUGCUGAGCGUGUCUGCCGGACCAUGAAUGGCUAUCGACUGAAUGGAAGAGAAAUUGAUGUUAGGAUUGAUAGAAAUGCAUAAGUGGUCUGUUUGCAUAUCAUGACAAUUAAUUUAGUCCACGAAAGCCCAAGCGCUAUGUAUCCUAUAAAUUUCCUUUAGGCUAUUCAUAUUGUAUUCACUUGGUUUGUUAGUUACUCAAAGAGUGAAACAUAUUUUAGUUUUUUUUUUUUUUUUUUUUUGCCACAGUGAGUGUUUUUAGUUUUUGAUUAUGUUUUUGUUUUUAGAGACCAAAUAACCCCUUUUAAUUUGUUUUCCUGUCCUGGUUCACCUGUCAUUGCCUUUUUGUUCUGUAAGGUGUUUUGAUAAAUAAACCUCCAGUAUUUGAAAUGA